AUGGCGUCCGAAAUCCUCAUUCCGGGGACUGUCCAGCUUGUUGAUGCCCAAGGCGUCUUUGAUGUCAAGCAUGGCCAGCAGUCUCAAGAUAUCGUCCUUGUUCCCCAGCCAACCAAUGACCCUGAUGAUCCCCUUCGCUGGGUCGCCUCACGCAAGACGAGAAAUAUCAUCUGUGCCUUGGUGUGGUGCUUUUUCGUCGCUGGUAUGAUUUCAGGAUUGUCUCCUGCGUACAUCUUGAUUGAAAAGGACACUGGCAUCUCAAUCGCAGACUUGAGUACUGGCAAUGGUAUUCUCUUCCUCUUCUUGGGCUGGGGAACCAUGAUCACACAAUGCCUUGCACUGAGCAAUGGCCGGCGUCUUACACUUCUUGUGUCCAUCAUCAUGACCACCCUUGUAUCUCUUUGGACUGCGUACGUCAAAUCAAGGGGAGAAUUCUUCGCCAACCGCAUCCUUCUCGGUAUUGCUGCCUCGCCCCAAGAGACGCUUAUCGAGGUCAUCGUCGGAGAUCUUUUCUUCACCCAUGAUCGAGGCUUCUUUAUGGGUGCCUAUAGCUGGACCUUGUGGUGCGGUGCCUUCCUCACGCCUGUGGCUUCUGGCUAUGUCGCACAGGAGCUUGGAUGGCGCUGGAUCCAGUACAUCUUGACUUUCAUCGGCGCAGGUGUUACCGUUGUUACAUUCUUCUUCUUUGAAGAAACAAUGUUUUAUCGUGAUCAUCUUGCCAGCAACGAGCGCUACACACCGGGCAUCAGCCCAGUAAAGACUACCAACAUUGUUGGAGAUGUCGAAAGCAGUACCGCGGACGCAUCAGACAAAAAGACCAAUGAGAAGUCAUUAGAUCGAGAAGAUCACUGUGCUUCACAAUCUAUCUCGCCUUCUGAGCCUUCUGCAUUUGAUGAGCAAGAGAGCACCAAGACAUACCUACAGAAACUGAAGUUCUGGGGGUUCCGCGACCCUCGACAGCCCAGCACUUUUAGGCUUUUCUUCUUACCAAUUCGGCUACUGUUCAUGUUUCCCGGUAUGUCCUUUGGCGGCCUACUUGUAGGUGGAAUUCUUGCUUGGUAUAAUGUCGUUGGCGGAUCCUUGGCACUGAUCCUUGGUAAUGCGCCGUACAACUUCUCUGCGAACACUAUCGGUCUUACGUACCUUUCCUGCGUUGCUGGAGUCACUAUCGGCUGCUUUCUCUCAGGAUGGAUGGCCGAUACCCUCGCCCUCCGUCUUGCUCGUCGGAAUGGUGGCGUUAUGGAGCCUGAGCAGCGACUCUGGACAAGUCUUAUUGCGCUUGUCAUGCAUCCAGCCGGAUGUCUUCUCUACGGAGUAGGUGCAUCCUAUCAUAUCCAUUGGUUCGGAGUUGUAUUUGGCCUCUGUUUGAUCUCCAUUACGCUCCCGAUGGGAGCCAAUCUCGCAUUCACAUACAUUCUUGAUACCUACAAAGAAGUUGCAGGAGAAGGCCUAGUCUCGGCCAUUCUGAUUCGCAACAUGAUGGGCUUUGCUUUCGGAUAUGCUGUUGUCCCCAUGAUUACCAACCUAUCGCUUCGUUAUGCGUUUGUACUCAUAGCCAUCUUGGGCCUAGCAGUAUGGUGCACAGCUAUUGUGAUGAUUUUCGUGGGUAAAUCUCUGCGACGUCGCACCGCACGAUCAUAUUGGAACCUUGUUGAGCGAUAUGGUGCAAGUGCUCAUUAA